AUGAAAGACAGUGAUGGCCUAGACACAGGCUCUCGCCACAAGAUCAUUGUGGGAGUAGACUACGGAACAACAUUCUCAGGCGUCAGUUGGGCGGAGUCGACGAAGACAAGACUGGAAGAUAUCAAUGUCAUCAACACCUGGCCUGGUCACCGGGAUUCGACAUGGAAGGUCCCGUCGAGAAUAGCCUAUGCAUCUGAGAAUAAAAACAAGAUACCCACAGAUCAAUGGGGGUUCCAGGUUUCUCCUAACUUGAUGUGUUAUUCCUGGACGAAGCUGUUGCUGGAUAAAAGCGCACAGCUCACCGGGUAUGACGACCCUUCAUUGAAGGACCUGUUCGGGGCUGGCCUGAUGAGUCUCCCAAAGGGAAAAAGUGCACAGUGCGUGAUCGAGGACUACUUUAGAGAGCUGUACAUAUACCUUAUUCAUCAGUUGGAGAAGAAGAUGGGCCCGGGAGUUUUCAAUGUCACCCCAAUGGAGAUAUAUUUAACCAUGCCAGCUAUUUGGUCCGACCAAGCACAGCUAGCCACUAGAAAAGCUGCAGAGGCUGCUGGAUUUGGAUCAAGGCCUUAUGACUCAAUCUUUAUGAUCAAGGAGCCUGAAGCAGCUGCACUUUCCGCGAUAAAGCCGCAUCUGGGGUCGGAUGCCAUUGAUCCAGUUCAGCCGGGCGAGGGUAUCUUGAUAUGUGACUGCGGAGGUGGCACAGUUGAUAUCACAACUUACAUAGUUCUAAAAUCCGAGCCCAAGCUGGAGUUUGAAGAGCUCUGCGUGGGUAUAGGAGGAAAAUGUGGAUCAACGUAUAUCGAUCGAAAUUUCAACCAGUGGAUGCAAGACACCUUUGGAGAGGAGUAUACAUCUGUGCCAAUGAGGUUACGUGGGCCAGGGAGCAGGUUUAUGAAUUCUUUCGAGAGCGCCAAAAGGAACUUUGGUGGCCCCAACGAUGAACGAGGGGUGGAAGUUGGCCCUAUCCGAAUGGAUAUUGGACCGAGUGUUCACUAUGAUGACGACGAACUGGUGGUGAAGCUUUCCAAGUAUGAUAUGCAGCGGCUAUUCGACCCGGUGGUGAAGGAAGUUAUAUCUCUGGUCAAAUCACAGGUGAAGGCCGCCGAGAAGAAGAAUAAGAGGAUCGACCGGCUCAUACUGGUUGGAGGAUUCGGGGACUCGGAUUACCUGAACACCAAGCUAGGAGAGUGGUGCAAAGGCAAGAAUAUUGGGUCUGUUACCUGCCCGCCAGACUGUCAAGCUGCCAUUGUCAAGGGCGCCUGUCUUCGUGGUUUGGAAGGACUAAAGCCUAUCAUCACACAUAGUCGAGCACACUAUGGCUGGUCCUGGGGAAAGCGGUUCAGGAGUGGAAUCGAUCCCGAAGCAAAUGCCUACACCGAUCCGCUCACCGGCGAAAAGAUGUGCAGCGGAAGAAUGGAGUGGGUUAUCCGAAAGGGAAAACGACUGGACGAAAACUUCAAGAUGAAAGCCGACAUCCAGAGUACGUUCAAGCUCGGCCAACCGCUGAACGAGAACAUCACCAUGUUCUCCUGCUCGAUGGAUGAGCCACCGGAGAGAGAAGACCACCAUCGUGUCGUCAAAGUUGGAGAGAUUUCUCCAGCAUUUUCCACAUCCACAUUCAACGACUUCCAGACACGGAGGAGCACCUCGGAUGGGCAGACGUACCACCGCUUCAACUACACGAUAGAAGUGAACUUCCGGUCCAAGGGGGGUAUUUUGAGCUUUGCAGCAACUUCAGAUGGGAGAGUGAUUGCAGAUGCGACCCUGGGGCUGUUGGAGGACUAG